CUAUGUUCAGGAUGACAAACAUUUGUCUAUGGUUUUGAAGUGGCCAUUUUUCAGAAAAAACUGGGAAGUGGGGAAGGGAAAAAAGGUGAUAAAUGUCAAAUUUUUCAAGGCUGUUCUGUGAUGAUUCCAUUUUUUUAGCAACGUGAUAACGAUUGCAACAAAUAGUCAAGUUUUCGCCAUUGAGUUUUCGUGUUUUUAAUGUGAAAUUCGCGUGGACGCGGUGAAUCGGUGCCGCAUCUAACCAAAAUUUGAACAACAAAGCUUCGAAGUGGUGUGAAGAUGGGUUAUUAUUGUACUGUACCACAAUGCACAUCGCUCGCCGGCAAGACGAAAAACGUGAAAUUUCACAGAUUUCCACGCGACGUUACCAUGGCGGACAAAUGGAAUUCGAUAUUGAAACGCGGGAAGCCCUACACGAAGUAUUCCAAAGUGUGCAGUCUUCAUUUCACACAGGCAGAUUACAACGUCACUACCAUGGGUAAGAAUAAAGGUCAAUGGAAGACGUUAAGCAAAGAUGCUGUGCCCUCCCAGAAUCUGCCGAAGCUGGAUGCUGACGGCAAUGUGAUGGUGAUCAGGAAAAGCCGCACCGUAAAAUACAGGGAGAGCAGAAAAGAGGAGAACUGCGAGAAGACUGAAAGCAAGUGGGUGUUGCCGAGCCAACAAGCCUUACCUCUUACUGUGGCGUCAGACACUCAACAAAGCACUAUGGCCGAGCCACAGGAUGCUGGCCUCGCAUACCGUCUUCAAACUUUAAGCGCAAUCGCCACAGCAAUAUCGCCGCAGUCACAAUCGCUGCCUCUCACUCCAUUAAAGCCAAAAAAACAGGAUGCCAUAAUGCAGACAGACCCUGAACAAUCCGAGGAAGACGACACCCAGAACACUAGUUACGACGGUGAAAAACCGUUCACGGACGACCAGUAUCCGAUGCAAUAUCCGAAAGAGCAGGACAACACUAAAGCCUAUGACACCCCAAAAGAUUAUACCAAAUCCGAGGAAGAUUACAUCCCUCAAACCAACGAAGAGUACAACAAUGAGGCGGAAAAAUACGCUCUAGAAAGGAAAUCGCUGAACGGAUACGAGAAAAUAUCCGACGUUUAUCCGAAUCAAAAAAUGGCGCCCGUUGAUUAUCAGAAAGUAGACAUGUACGCGUUUCCGGACAAAUAUCCGAACAGGACGGACAAUUGGUAUCCGAACGGGUAUCCGGACAGUGUGGAAAUGUUAAGGAACCAACAGCACAAUCUGCAAAUGUUGCAGGAACAACAUAGGAUUAAUGAAAACCAGAAUUUCUUCAAUGAAAAUCAUAUAAAGCAGGAAGACUUGAGCGCUGAGGAAGAUAAGUUUUUGUAUGAACGCCAGAAGAAUGCAUUAGGCUGUGAUAGCGUUAUGCAACCCCAAGGAAGUCCUUUCUACGCUGGAAACGCACACAACAAUGUUCCUAGGCAAAAUACAAUGAAAAGACCGUUCUUCUAUAGUGAAAGCCCUCACUAUGCCAGCCCUCCAUUACUGCACAGAUAUGAGGAUUUAACGAGGAUCCUACAGUGACGAGAAACAUUCCAGAACGUAAAAAGAUAUUACAAUGUGUAUGUAUAUACAAAUAUAUAUAUUAUGUUUUAUUUUUUAAGAGAUAUAAAAGUUAUAGUAAAUGACGAAAAUCUCUCAAAAUCAACCAUUUUCUUUUUAUUUGUUAUUUAAGCGUAUUUUUUACGUUUUUUUUUCGUAAUAUGUUGGGCGGAAAAAUGUUUGCCAGCCCUGAUAUUUUACUUAUAUUAAUCAUUUUUUUAAUAUAGUAAAACUUUUAUCAUGAUUUUACAAUUUAAUUAAUAACAUUUAGAUAUAUAUAUAUAUUAAUUUGUUUCUUAGGUUUUCACGCA